CACCAUCAGAGGCACCUGUAAAUAAAAAUCAAAAUUAUUAUUAUAAUUUUUAUUUAAAAACAAUAAUAAAUUAUUUCAAAUUUAAAUUAGUAUAUUCGUUAAUUUCAUCAUGGAAGUGAUUUUUAAUCAUCAGAUUCACCAUCAACGUGAUGUUAUUGGUACUAUUGGACGUGCUCGUCGCAAAUGGCGCCAGUUAUAUCAUUGGUUUCCCGAGCAACAACGUAUUUUAUAUAAAGAAAUGGAUCGAAUUUAUAAGGAAACUAAGGAGAAGUAUGAUAAAGAUGCUUUUAUGAUUUAUAGCCAAGAAAGACGAUUAAAUAAACGUAUCAUCAAAAAUGUUCAUCAACAUGUUCAUGAUAAAGAAGAUUAUCAAAAAUUUGCCUGUUUGAAACCUAUUUUGGAUAAAUACAAUCGUUUUCCCUUAUUGUACUAUUACGAAGAGUGCGGUAAACCAGGAUUUUGUCAACAACAAAAGAAUGCAGUAAUGUGAGAGAUUUUUUAAAUCAAGCGUAUACUUCAUAUUUGUAAUAUCAAUAAAUCAUUAACACGUAUACGUACAGGUGUCGUUAAUAAAAGCCGUGCAAUUUGAUAUGAAA